UAUUUAAAUAAGGUCUGAAUCAUUUUUAGGCUGAUUACCAUGCAGUCUUCUGGUCUUUCUUCUAUCUGGGACCAACUACAGAUAAAUGACUGGCUGCCUUCAAGUUUUCUGGUCGAGACAACUCUUCUAAUAUUGUUAAUAUAUCUGAUCACCCACUAUGGUUUGCUAUUCAGGGAGACUUACACUAAGUCGAGAAAAAUUUCGGAAAGAGUUGGAGUUGACGAGAAGAACCGACACUGGUUCUUUGGACAUUUGAAACAUAUAACAAACAAUGAAGAAGGGUUACUGAAAUUUGUUGAGCUCGCUAAGGCUUUUCCUCUCAUGGUAUCCCUUUGGUUGGGACCAGCGCUUACUACUGUUCAAACCUAUCAUCCUGAUUCAACAACUGCUUUAUUAAACAGUGGAGCCCCGAAGAAUGAUCUUGGCUAUCGUUUCAUAAGAACAUGGAUAGGUGAUGGCUUACUAACCAGUAAAGGGAAAAAAUGGUUUCGUAAUAGGAGACUAUUAACACCUGCUUUCCACUACAAAGUUUUAAAACCGUACACAGAGGUAUUUAAUAAGAACAGCCUUGUCAUGGUGAAUAAACUGAACAAACUUUGCGACCAGCCUGUUAAUAUUUACACACACGUGGGCCUUAUGACUUUGGACACGAUGUUACAAUGUGCUAUGACCUCUAAAACCAACUGUCAACACGUCACUGAUCACCCUUACCUACUGGCUGUGAAAGAGAUAUCAGAUCUUAUAAUAGCAAGAGUAAGACAACCAUUGCAUUUCUUUGACUGGAUGUACAAUUUAUCAGCUGCUGGGAAGAGAAAUAAAGAAGUCACGAAAAUUCUGCAUGAACAUACGGAAAAAAUAAUCAGUGAAAGAAAAGCAGUUCUGGCUAAAACUGCAAACAUUGACCCUGAACCUUCUGAUGUAGAAGGGUUCAGAAAAACGGAAGGAAAAACACUGGAUUUUUUGGACAUUUUGCUGCAGUGCAAGGAUGAAAAUGGUGAAGGAUUAAGCGACAUUGAAAUUCGUGAUGAAGUCGACACUUUCUUGUUUGCGGGACAUGAUACAACAUCUAGCGGAAUAGCCUGGGCCAUGUUUCAUCUAGCAAAAUAUCCCCAAUUUCAAACAAAAUGUAGAGAAGAACUGAAAGAAGUGCUUGGAAACAAGGAUGAAAUAGAAUGGAGCGACCUACCUCAGCUUGUCUACUUAACCAUGUUCCUAAAAGAGAGCAUGAGGUUACGACCCCCUGUGUACGCAGUUGGAAGAUAUUUAGAACACCCAAUAACCAUCAAAGAUAAAAACACAAAACGCGAUACUGUGAUUCCUGCCGGCACCAAUGUAUCAAUGCAUAUCUUUACUUUGCAUAGACACCCAGACUUUUGGGACGAGCCAUCGAAAUUUGACCCUGAAAGGUUUACAAAGGAAAACAUAGCCAAACGCCCUGCAUUCGCAUACGUUCCAUUCAGCGCUGGAUCCAGAAACUGUAUCGGGCAAAACUUUGCUAUGAACGAAAUGAAGAUCAGCUUGGCCCACGUGAUACGUAACCUGCGUCUUUAUAUUGACGAUGAAACGCCAGUCCCCAAAAUGCAGCCGCGUCUUAUUUUGCAAAGUUCUACCGGAAUUUUCGUCAAGAUUGAGAAACUGGAACGGCAGUAGAAAUUUUGUAGCUUUGUUUCGCUGUAUGUAUGCGCUAUUACUGCUUGGAAUGGCUUAUUAUUUGUAAAAUAGUGCUACCUAGUACCUACUAUAUCUGUAUAAAUUUUCAUUAAUUUUUGCGCAAUAAAACCAAAACUAUGAUUUUGCAUACUAA